UCCCCAUUAAGAAAACUUAGGUAUGGAGAGUUGCGUCACGGGACAUAUUUGCCCUGUGUUACCAGCUCUUAUUGUUACAAUGCAACAGACGAAUGUUUUUUUAUUAGUGAAAUAACGAUUUAGGAACACUUGCCAGUACCGAAGAUCAAAUUAAUUACAACAACAAAGAGAAGGGAAUUAGCAACAAAACGACCGCCAUUACAAACGUUUUGUUUUGUUAAUAUUUCUGGAAAAUGGGAGAAAGUGUUAAAUACUUUAUGUCCCAUUGGGGACCUUUUUUAAAAAUAUUUCUUGCACCUCGUUCAAUACUAAACAACUUCCCUCAUAUGGAAGAUGACGUUCGAAAACAAAUCACUGACGAAGGAAAUAAGAUAAAACAAGUCGAAUUGUUUAUAAAAUAUUUGGAGGAAUGUGAAGAACCUGGAAUUUUGCAAGCAUUUCUAGAUGCAUUGAGAAAUAGUCAAGGCACAGGACAGUGGAUAGCUGAUGUGUUGGAUGGUAAGCUGGACCAUCAACUUGGAAAAUGUGAGGAAUACAUGCAAGAUGUUCCACAAAUAAAAAAGCUUUUUAUUUUGAUCAAGAAGGAUUUAAAUGUGAUAGACUUUGAGGAUUUUACUUCUUUUUUCUCACACCAUCUGGACACUGAAGAAAAAGAAGAAAUCCAAAGUGUUUUUGUCAAGGGAAACUCAGCAGCAGGAACUGCAUUCUUCUCUAUUAUAGUUCGGAAACCUCCUUCAUGGUUAAAAGAAUUUCUUGAAGAAAUAGAGGGACAACAUUACAUUCACAAAUUACAUGGAAGUCUCGCAGCAGCCCUUAGAGAGUAUUUUUUCUUUUAUGAAGAACGGACAUCUGACAAUAGGGAUGGGGAAACAAUAGAAUCUCAGACUCAUGCUGAACCUGAACCUUUUGAAUCAAAUAACUUUGAUCAGAGACCUAAAACUUCACUGUUGAGAUGUAUGGACAUGUUGAACAUAACACGCGGGGAGCAUAGCGGUUCAAUUAAACAACUGAAGCUAAGGAAUUACCAAUUGGAACUUGCUGAGCAGGCAUUACAAGGAAACAACUCACUUAUUGUUGCACCAACUGGAACUGGAAAAACUCUAGUAGCUCAACACAUUUGCACGGAACAUUUAAGACGAAACCCGAACAGCAAAAUAGUUUUCCUGGUUCCAAGAGUUGUAUUGGUUGAACAGCAGCAUGAUGCAUUCGACAGUCAAAUGAAGUAUGAACAAGGUAUGCUGUGCAAAAUCAGUUCAGAAAAUACCACCAAUGCUGCACCUAACUUCUUGAUCAUGGGACACAAAAUAACGUUCAUGACACCACAGAUUCUUUUUAAUUAUCUGGAGAAAGAUUGUGACUUCAUUAAUGAGCUUGGUCUUCUCAUAUAUGAUGAAUGUCAUCAUGCAAUGAAAGGGGAUCCUUACAACUCCAUUAUGAAAGUUUAUCACGAUAACUUGACAAAGUACAACGGUGCAAAACCUUUACCACAAGUAAUUGGAAUGACUGCUUCUCCUGGAGUCGGUGGUGCAAAAUCUGUUCAAGCAGCAACACAGCAUAUAAAGAGACUAUUGGCAAACUUAAAUGUAACAACUGCACCAGUGGAGGUUAUUGAGAACAAAAAGGAGUUGGGAAAACAUACAACAGAAACUACAUGUGAAAUAAGGCGCAUUGAUCGGAAAAAAACACAAUUUCAGGAAAACAUGGUUACACUCAUAAAUAAAAUAUGGGAAAACUUGAAAAUAGAAUUCGAAAAAGCUGAAAAUGAAGUAAAAGAUAUAGACACGAACCUGAAAGCAAAACCUGGAACACAAGCAUUUGAGGCUUGGUGUGUCCAGUUAAGGGAAUCAAGCAGUACAUUAAGAAAUGACAAAUUAAGUCAACGACUUCAGGAAUAUGCUCAACACCUACGUGAAUAUAACAACUCAUUGAUGAUUGAUUAUGAUCUAACCAGCACAGAAGCUUGUGAUUAUGUAACUCAGUUUUGGUGUAAUGCAUGCACCACAGUUGUACCAGAAUUAGAACAAUUGCAUGAAGAUUAUGCACCUAAGAGAGAAUAUCAUACCAGCCCCAUAUUGAGAAAAUUGUUUGAAAUUCUCACCGCUGAGUUUGUCGACUUCCCAGAAUCUAAGUGUAUUAUAUUUGUACGCACCAGGUGUAUUGCCAAGGCUUUGGUAACUUGUCUUAUGGAAGAUUUUUAUGAUUUAAAACCAAAGCAACUGACUGGAGUGGGAGCUUCUGCUGGAGAUGGAGGAAUGACCAGGGUUGAACAAGAAGACACCAUUUCAUCUUUCAGAGAUGGUUCGACCAAAAUAAUUGUUGCAACUUCAGUUGCAGAGGAAGGAUUUGAUAUUCCAGCUUGUAACUUGGUGAUUGCAUACAACUACUCUACCAAUGAAAUUGGUCAUGUACAAAGGCAAGGUAGAGGUCGUGCAAAAGAAAGUAAAAUGUUCCUUCUCGCUUAUGAAGGCAGUGCACUAAUUCAUCAGGAAGAAACUAACAUAGCUCAACUAGAGUGUUCUCGUGAAGCACUAAAACAAAUCAGAAAUACCAAUUCAACCAUUCUUGAACAAGAAAUUAAGGAAUUUCAAAGACUUUUAAAAGUUGAGAGAGAAUCCGAAAGAUCAGCAGCUCAACGUCAAAUUGAGGGCGCAAUCGCAUCUAACAAGAUAUGGACAUUCUUAUGUAAAAAGUGCAAAAAAGUUGCCACCACUUCUGAUAAAUUUCAGCAUAUUAAUCAUCAGCACCAUGUUGUGGUUGAUGCGGGCUUCAUAGAGAGAGCAGAGAUAGUUCAAUAUCCAGCUAUAAAACAUAAAGUUUUUGGAGAACAAACAAUUAUUGGAAUAGUGAAGUGUAAAAGCUGCAGGUCUGAUUGGGGAGCAUAUAUGAGACACAGACAACAGCCUAUCUCUGUUCUUAAGAUUGUCAACUUCGUGUUACAACAUGAAGAAGAUAGGAUUACUGUUAAGCAAUGGAAAAAAUCUCCUUUCAAUGUUCAUAAAGAGUUCAUGGAAUGAAUUACAAGUUCCUGUUUUACAUAGUAGUUUUAUUUUUAUAAUCGAAAUGCUUUGGCAGGGUAUUAUUUUUUUAAGCCACUUUGGAGCAAUUGCCUUUACAUUACGUAUCUUUAAUAUCUGUAUAAUAACAUGUACAUAACACUUUAACAGAGUAUAUAUAUAUUUUAUGAUAUGUAAUAUUAAAUUUGUUGUUUUAUGAUUGUACAAUGGUGUGUUGUAAUACUUCUGCACUUAUCCAUUAAGCCGAUUAGGAGUUGUAAAUAUAAAUAUUUAUCAUCAUUUCUGUCCCUAUGAUUCUUCCUUCCAACUAAAUGUAAAUAUGAUUUUAACCAUAAACGUGUUUAAUCGUUGAGUCGCUUUAUCUGUCGUUUUGACGGGAUAUCCUGUCCUUUAGUUUUACAGCAAACGUUACUACUAUAUAACUUUAUCAUCACGUUGAAGACAACUAACAUAUGUCUUUUUAUUUGUUUCUAAUUAAUAAAGUGGAUAAAUGAGUAGUACUAAUAAUGUAUUUAUUGUGUAUAAAUAAAUGUAACUUAUUU